AUGCUGCAGCUCACACCCCAGGACCCGGACGCGCUCCGGAAUGGACGUUCGGACUCUGCAUCUCGCGGAUUCCAGACACAUGGACCAAAAGGUAGCAGCAGUCCCGCCGGCACAUCAGUGAUAUCGACAACGCUGUACACGAGGACGCACGAUGGGCUCCUCACUUAUUGCGACCCGGCAGACAUACCCAUCAGCGCCGCGCUGCUGGCGUGGCGGCUCCUCGUGGCCCGCUCCGGCGAGGAAGAUGGCGUCGAGGCCCUGAGAUUUGGUCGUUACGUCGAUGAUUGGACGUCCCACCAUGGCUUGCAGACGACGCGGUCAAACGGGGACAGAGCCCAGGAAUUCACGGCUCAAGUUGCCAGAUUUACGGUUACACCCAGUGCAACCAUCGAAGAGGCCCACAAGGAAGCAGAGCGUCUCGUUGCAGAUACCAUUUACAGAUCAGAUGAAAGAGUCGGACCCAACAGCACUGUUUAUUUUUCCGAUGUGGCGCAGUCAGAUACUAGAAACGGUGGAGUUCCUCAAAUUCCUUUUAAUGUUUGUAUCAAACUUCAAACGUCUGCCGAGCAACUCGUCAUCUCGAUCGAAUGGAAAAAUUCGGAAAUCACACGCUGGUGGGCCGGAAGGGGGCUGCAGGCCUUUACAAGAUACCUAACAGCCAUACUCUCACAAGUUAUCAUGUCCACACCAGGCACAUCUAUUGACGGUCAACCCGGUGCUGCUCGUCUAGUCUGGGACCUCAUUGGUCCCUCCAACGAAGACCUGAACCAGAUCUGGUUCUGGAAUGCGUCCAUGCCACCAAAGGUUGAUCGAUGCAUACACGACCUCGUCUCGGAACGAAGCAUCAUGACUCCAGAUAAAGUUGCAGUACAGGCAUGGGAUGGCGAGCUUACAUAUCGCGAACUCGAGUGCCUGAGUAACACGAUAGCCCGCCAGCUGCGCACGCGGGCUGGCGUGAGGGUCGGAGACGUUGUCAUGCUCGUGUUUGAAAAGUCCCGCUGGACCACUCCGGCACUGCUUGGAGUUCUCAAGUCCGGAGCCGCGUUCGUCUUGACCGACCCCGCACAGCCAGAGGCGAGACUCAGGACCAUCGCAUCGCAAACGCGUGCCAAGGCGGUCGUCUGCUCCCAGCUGCAGGCCGACCUGGCGUCCCGCAUCGCCCAAGAUGCCAACGCCGAGGACAAGUCCGGACGACAAAAGCCCGCCGUGGUUCUCGUGGCGUCGGACGACACGACGCUGGAACACGCCGGCUGGGGGGUCGGGGCCUCGGUGGGGUUCCUCCCGGUGGUGCCGCCCGACAGCCCCAUGUACAUCAUUUUCACCUCGGGCAGCACGGGAGUGCCCAAGGGGGUCAUUUGCAGCCACGCCAACUUUGUGUCUGGCGCCAUACCGCGGGCGGAGGCGGUGGGCUACUGCGAGAGCAGCCGCGUCUUUGAGUUUGCCAGCUACGCGUUCGACGUCAGCAUCGACUGCAUGCUGUGCACGCUGAUGCAGGGAGGCACCGUCUGCGUGCCGAGUGAGGCCGGCCGGGUCGACAACCUCGGCGCGGCCAUCCUGGCAAGCGGCGCCAACAUGGCUCACAUGACGCCCAGCGUGGCCCGCGUGCUGGAAGAUCCGGAGAGGGUCAUGCGCUCGCUCGACGUCCUGGGCUUGGGGGGCGAGGCGGUCAGCGCCGGUGAUGCGGCGGCCUGGAGUCGGCUGACCAAGGUCGUCAUCGCGUACGGACCGUCCGAGUGCACGGUAGGCUGCACCAUCAACCACGAGGUCUCUGCCGAGAACACGACCAUCGGGAAGGGCAAGGGCGGCGUCACUUGGAUCGUCCACCCCGACGACCACAACCGGCUCAUGCCGGUAGGCUCCGUCGGCGAACUGCUGAUCGAGGGCCCGGUCGUGGGCCUCGGCUACCUCGGCCAGCCGGAAAAGACGGCCGAGGUCUUCAUCAGAGACCCCGUUUGGCUGCCCAAGGGACAUGCCGGGUCCAAAGGUCGCCGGGGUCUGCUGUACAAGACCGGCGACCUCGUAAAGUACGACGCCAACGGCUACAUUGUGUUCGUCGGGAGGAAGGACCAGCAGGUCAAGCUGCGCGGGCAGCGGAUCGAGCUGUCCGAGAUCGAGUACCACCUCCGCAAGAACCUCCCGCCCUGCGUCAAGAUCGCAGCCGAAGUCGUCCGUCCGAGCGGCGCGGAGCCGACGCUGGUCGUCUUCGUGGACGAGCAGCCGAUCGUCAACGGGGCCAAGACCAAGAAGAAGAUCAAGAACGACAAGGUCGGCAUCGACGAGGUCGUCAAGUUCAGCCCCGAGCUCGCCGCCAUAAUGGCCAACAUGGACAACCUGCUCGGCGAGGAACUCCCACGCUACAUGGUCCCCGCCGCGUACAUUCCGCUCCAGCAGAUGCCGGUGCUUGCUUCGGCAAAGAUCGACAGAAAAAAGCUCAAGGCGCUGGGCAGCUCCAUGACGCGCGAGCAGAUUGCAAAGCUGAGACUGCUGGCACCCAAGCCCUCGCGGCCCCUGAACGACCUGGAGCGGACCCUCGGGUCGCUCUGGGCGAGGAUACUCAAGACGGAUGUCGAGAUUGGUCUGCAGGACAGCUUCUUUGGGAUCGGUGGAGAUUCGUUGAGGGCGAUGAAGCUCGUCUCGGCUGCGAGGGCCGACGGCAUCGCCCUCACUGUGGCCCAAGUCUUUAACAACCAUACGCUUAUGGACAUGGCUGCCGUUGCGGUCGUCGAUGGGAGGAGCCUGGUGAGCUCCGAGCCUCACGACAUCCCCCCUUUCUCGCUGAUCGAAAAGACGUGGACCGCCGAAGAGGCGAGACGAGCCGCAAGCAAAUACUGCGGCAUCAAAGAGUCCGAGGUCGAGGAUGUCUACCCUUGCACUCCUCUACAGGAGGGUCUCAUGGCUCUGUCGGCCAAGUUUCCGGACUCGUACGUUGCUCAACGUGUGCUCCGGCUCGCAGACAUGACCGAAGCACGAAGACUGCAAGAUGCCUUCGAGACGGCUGCCAGGGACUCUGCCAUCCUCAGGACCCGUAUCAUCCAGGUCCCCGGGCGUGGUCUUCAGCAGGUGGUCGUCCGGGAGCCGAUCGAGUGGCGAUCGGGCUCGACGGUCGAGGCGUAUCUGGAGGCAGACCGGCAAGAGUCCAUGGACUUGGGCAAGCCGCUUGUGCGGUACGGUCUGGUUCAGAGCGCUGACCAGGUCGACUUUGUCUUGACCAUGCAUCAUGCGCUGUAUGAUGGCUGGGCGAUGCCUUUGGUGAUUGAGCGGGUCAACAGGGCCUACGAUGGCCUUUCCACCGAGAGGCCUGCCGAGUUUAAGCACUUCAUCCGGUUCCUCACCGAGGUCGAGCAGAGUGCCUGCGAGGCUUAUUGGCGCCAGCAGCUGGAGGGAGCCACGGCGGUCCAGUUCCCAGCGCUGCCGCACGAGGGUUACACCACCCAGGCGGACUCCCUGUUGGAAAUAUCUGUGCCCACGCCGCCCAGGAGCAGCGCCUCGGCAACCACGACAGCGACCAUUGUCCGCGGCGCCUGGGCCCUCGUUGCGUCAACGUACGCCGGCCACAACGACAUGGUCUUUGGCGAGACCCUGACUGGCCGCAACGCCCCCGUCGCCGCUGCCGACCUCAUCGAGGGCCCCAUGAUAACCACGGUCCCGAUCCGGGUCGCCGUCGACAAGCAAUCGCGCGUCACCGACUUCCUGGCGCGCAUCCAACAUCAGACCGUCAGCCAGAUCCCCUUUGAGCACACCGGCCUGCAGCACAUUCGCCGCGUCAGCCCCGACGCCAUGGAGGCGUGCGAGCUGCGCACCGGCCUGGUCCUGCACCCCGCGGGCGCCGAGGACGCCUUCGACCCCAGGUAUCCGGCCAGCAGGCUCGUGCCGGCCAACGACGCCGAGGCGGCCAAGGAGGCGCUCAAGUUCAACACGUACGCGCUCAUGUUGGUGUGCGCCCUGGCUGCCGACGGAUACCACGUCAUGGCCAGUUUCGACUCGCACACGGUGCACGUGUCGACGAUGGAGAGCGUGUUGCAGAUGCUCAGGGACGUCACGGCCCUGCUCUGCGAGGGCCUGGUCGACGAGACCGUCAAGGUCGGUGAUGUUUUGCAGUCCGUCACGGCGGUCGAGCCCACUGCCGAGACGCUGUCCGAGCUGCAUCGGCUCGGUCGGGACGCUGUCGGGUCUGUCGACGUCGGUGCCGAGCUGGACGGGAUCUGGCUGGUCGAUCCCGAUACGAACCAGGUUCUCGUCCCGCGCGGCGCUGUGGGCGAGAUUGUGGUCGACAGUCCCGAUGCUGCCCUGAGCCUCCCUGCCGUCGACGUGCCGAGCUGGCACGGCCGGGUAACCCGCCCCGACGGCGAGGGGGUGGUCCAUCUGCACGCCACUGGCCAGCUAGCCAAGUUUGAUCAUCAAGGCAAACUGGUCCACAUGGGCCGCAAGGGCGAGAGGGUCCUGCCGCCUCAGCCGACCAAGGUCGAGGAGAGAUCAAGCAGGGUUCAAAACGGAUCCGAGCUGCUCUCGGACAAAGAGAUGCGCCUGCGUCACCUCUGGGCGCAGAUACUGUAUCUUGACGCUGCAGGGAUCGGGGCCGACGACAGCUUUUUCAAGCUCGGUGGCGACUCCAUCGGUGCUAUGAAGCUUGCUUCGGAGGCGCGGCCUGCUGGCUUCAAGAUCUCGGUGGCGCAGAUCUUCAAGACCAAGACGCUUGCCGCCAUGGCAGAGAUCGCCGAGGAUAUCGUCAGCACGGCCGCAAACGAGCCCCAGGGAGAAGCAUCCAGCACAAGUGGACCUGCCGCCACCCCCUUUUCUCUUCUGGAGGAUGUCGCCGACGUCGACGCCUUCAUUGACCACGAGAUCAAGCCCAAGCUUGCCAAGCCAUGGAAGGUCUCUGAUGUGUACCCGACGCGCCCGCUCCAGACGGUUGCCGUCACCGGCAGCACGCAGGUUCCUCGCUUCUCGAUGCGCUAUGAAGCCAUGUACUUUGACGACCAUCGCGGGCUCGACGUGCCACGGUUGCAGCAGGUGUGUCAGGAGGUGGUGCAGAGGAACGAGAUCCUCCGUACCGUGUUUGCAACUGCGCAGAACAACGUCUGCUACGGCGUGGUCGUCGAUGACAUGGUUGCCGAGUUCGACCACCACGACGCGGCCGAAGGCACCGACGUGCAAAAGUUCACCCACGAACUGUGCAACCUCGACAUAGAAGGCGACAUCCCCGAAGGCGCUGCAUUCGUCAAGUGGUACCUCGUCAGGUCGCAGCCCAGCGGGUCGAGCGCACCGGGCGCCCUCGUGCUGCGCAUCUCGCACGCCCAGUACGACGAGAUCUGCCUGCCGCUCAUCCUCCGCCAGCUGGAAGCCCUGUACACGGGCAAGGCGCCCGUCGCCGAGACGAUCCCCUUCUCGAGCUUUGUGCACCACACCCUCCGCACCGCGAACCCGACCAGCGUCGAGUACUGGAGGGAGCUGCUCGCGGGCUCGGCGCCACCGACGGUGCUGCGGCCGGACCUCGGCCCCAUGGCGCAGGUGCCCGCCUCGGGCCGCAGGCACUUUGCCGUCGACCACACCAUCGACAUCUCGGCCGCGGCCACGACCGCGCCCGGGAUCACGGUCGCCACGAUCCCGACGGCCGCCUGGGCGCUCUGCCUCGCACGCCGCCGCGGGUUGACGGACGUGCUGUUUGGCGAGGUGGUCUCGGGCCGCGGCACGGGCUUCCCGUGCGCCGAGAACGUCGUCGGCCCCUGCUGGCAGUACAUUCCGUUCCGGGCCCGGCUCGUCCCGGGCGUCACGACCGGCACGGACCUGCUGGAGGCGGUGCAGGAGCAGCACGCGGCCUCGUCGGCGCACGAGGGCAUGGCCCUGUCCGAGAUCGCGGAGCUGUGUUGCCGCCCCGGCUGGGCGCAGAGCGGACGGGACAAGGUGGACUGGUUCGACACGGUCGUGCACCAGGACGUCGAGCACGUCGAGGACCUCGGCUUCCGCGGCCUCGGCGCCACCACCGAGACCAUCUACCCGCACCAGGAGCCGCUGCGCGAGUGGAAGUGCCAGGCGUUCGUGGCCGACGGCGGCAGGACGCUGACCGUCGAGAUCGUCACGUUUGAGGCCUGGAGGGACCAGGCCGUCGAGGUCUUGGCUGAGGUUGCGGCCUGCGUGGAGGAGUUGGUCGGGAGGCCUGGUGAGGUGUUGGAGCUGUGA